CAACUUUCUCCUUCCUUUGGGUUAUGUCCACCACCAAACUCUCUCAUGAGACAGUACUCACAUCAUUAUUUGGUACUAUGGUAACUUUAACACCACGCCACCAAGCUAAAACUCCCUUCUUGUGAAUGGGUGGGACAGGACCGGAAGUGACGCUUUGAAGGGCUGGGCGGGCGGGAAGCGCGCGCGGUUUGAAAGUCCAGGCGGGCAGCGGGAUAACGGUCACGGCAGCCGGCCAGGGCCAUGGAGACGGUGCUGGAGAACCUGAGCCGGUUCGCUGAGGUGCUGGCGGUGGCGCACAGCCCGUGGGCCGCCGACUGGGAUGAUGCGGAGGUAAGCCGGGCUUUCCAGUGGGCCCGCUACCUGGAGCAGCUGAGCCGGCGCUUGGAAGGGGCGGGCUGCGCGGGGGCCCGGGCCGCCGUUCGGCAGCGGCUGCAAGAGCGGCGGCGCCUGAGGCCGAGGGCUCCCCCCGAGCUGCCGCGGUACCGGGCCCUGCUCUUCGAGGAGCUGGGCCGCGGCGGCGAGCUGCUGUGCGGGGCGCUGCUGCACAACCCGGCCGCCUCCGCGCCCGCUUUCCACCGGGCCGCCGCCUGGUACCGAUCGGCGGGCUCAGGUGGAGGCUCGGCGGCCCUCUCCGCGUCGCUGGGGCGGGCCGUCCGGGUAAAGGCGGCUACUCGCCUGUUGCGGUGCGCCUGGGGUUCGGAGCCCGCGGGCGGUGUCGUUUCGGAGACGGGCGGCCAGAUAUUGCGCGAGCGGCUGGAGGAGCGCCUGAGGGCGGCGGGGGGUGAAUUACCGGAGCGGCAGGCGGCGGCCGCCUGCGAGGAACUUCUGAGACGGGCCUUCCCCGGCGGCGGUGAGGAGGAGGAGGAGGGCGGCGAGGCUUUCCAGCCGCUUGCCGCCUUGCUGCUGGCUGAAGGAGUCGAGGGCGGCGGCGGCGGCGAGGCCCGAGCCCGGACCCUGGACUGGUUGCUAGGAGACGGCCGCGCGCUCGCCGCCCUGGGCCGCGCGCUCCCGUGCAGCCAGCUCGCCGCCCUGAGCGCCCGCAGCCCGCCCUUCGCCCGGCGCUACCUGCGCCUGCUGCAGCGCUGGGGCCGGGCCCUGCGCUAUGACGCGGCCCGGGCCGAGUGGGCGCCGCCUUCUGCCGAGGGGCCGAGCUGGCGCCGGCUGCUGGAGCAUUUCGCCGCCCUGUGGCGGGGCCCGCCGCCCGCCCGGGAGGCCGCUGAGAGCGCGCUGCGCGGCCUGAAGGCCGAGGACGGCGACUUUGAGGUGCCGGGUGUCAGCGUCUGGACCGACCUGCUGCUGGCGUUGACCAGGUGAGGGGCAGCAUCUGGAAUCUCCUGCUGGAUAGGAAUCUGAAAUUCAACAUUGGAAACGCACAGCCCGUUUGGCAGCACCCGUAAGGGACACUCAAUAUAUACUAACAAGGCCACUCGGCCCCUUUGGAGCCUUCUGCCGUUCAAUAAUAUCAUGGCUAAUCUAAUUUUAAGUUCAACUCUACUCCACAUCCCCGAUCAUCAUCCAUCCCCUUGUGCAACAAGAAAUCAAUGGCCAAGGAGUUGCGAAACAGCAUCAUUAAAAGUGAACCCUUCUACACUUGGCAUUUGCACUUUUUUUGAACUAUACAUGGACGUCAGGUUGGCGGGUGAUGCCAUACCUUUGUAACGGCAACAAAGCACAAGAGCUACUCCGUACAUCUGGUGUUUGCACAGAGAGAAACAAAGAUGCGUUCUCCCGUCCAAUGUGACAGCUCCGGCAUCUCUCUC